UGUUGUUUAGAGAUCUGACGGAAACGCCAGUUGUAUGAAAACAUAGUCAAGUGCCGGGUGUGUUUCGUGAAUUUUCUUCCCAAUUUUUUGAGUUAAAUCAUGGCUACUUUCACCGAACUUCUUUCCUAUGACAAUGACGUGUUCCGAGCCUACGUUUUCUGGUCCACGAUUCUUAUUGUGAAGACUCUGUCUAUGUCAUUUUUGACCGCACGUCAGCGUUUCAAGAAUAAGGUUUUCGCCAAUCCUGAAGAUGCAGGUCCACAGAAAGCGAAGGUCAAGUAUGAUGAUCCUGACGUGGAACGCGUGCGAAGGGCGCAUCGCAAUGACCUGGAGAAUGUCUUCCCCUUCAUCCUCGUGGCAUUUUUCUAUGUCUUGACAAAUCCUGAGGCUUAUCUGGCCAUCAAUCUGUUCAGGGCUGCAGUGAUUUCAAGGAUCGUGCACACUCUCGUCUACGCCGUUUGGGUGAUCCCGCAACCAGCCAGAGGAUUGGCGUUCUUCGUCUGCCUGGGAUCUACACUCUUCAUGGCUUUCAAGACAAUUGUAUUUUUCAUAUAAAACAUAAAAGCUCAGCUAAAGUCAUGAAAAUCCUUCUUUUGGUCCAUCCCGCUAUCGUCAUUUGCAAGUGUCGGGCUUUACUCGGGGUUAAGAAGAUCAAUUGUUCUUGAUAACAUCUUAUCAAUCGCACAGCAAAUACAUGUUAAAUUUUGAUGCAAUGUGAAGGUGUAAAGAGAAAAAAAUAAAUGCUAUAUUAGAAGAGAAAACUUUGAGAAUGGCAA